AUGAGACAGGAACGAUGCCCGAAAAUAGAGAAUGCAGGAAAACCGACUCUCUGCCAAGAAAUGGUUCUUGUACGAUCAGCAAAUUCUUAUGGAUCUUUUUCUUCCGUCGUUUCCGAUUUCGAGGAUAAUGAUUUUGAUAUCGUUAAACGACUCGGAAGCGGCUUUUUCAGCGACGUCUUCCUCGUAACCUAUAAUGGGAACAAAUACGUCAAGAAAACAGCUAAAUCUAGCGUUUCAAAUGCUGAAGAUGAACUCGACAACGAACGCAAAAUUCUCGCCCAGCUCAACCACCAGAAUAUCGUAUCUUUGGUUGCGGCCCUUGAAGGUUCGAAUUCAAUCAUCCUCGAACUUUGCUCCAAGGGUGAGUUGGCGAUGUAUAUUGAGAAUAUGGGCGCCUUCAAUAUUCCUCAGGCCCGCUUUUACGCCAGGAACAUCGCGGCUGGCCUUGAAUACCUGCACACGCGCAGUAUUCUGCACAACGACAUCAAAGCCGAAAACGUCAUCAUCGGCGUGGACAACAUGCCAAAACUGACCGACUUCGGCAACUCACGGUUACUUAUCGAUGAUGAGCCCGAAAUGCUUCUCACUGGCACACCUGAAAGUCUUUCGCCUGAGAUGAUUACUUCCCAAGGCUAUUCAUUCCCCAGGGAUUGGUGGAGCUUUGGCGUGUUGGUCUACCAAAUGAUAACCGGAGAAAUGCCCUUUACCGGUGGCGAUGAGCUCCAAGUCUACGUCGCGAUUUUGACUCAAUCUCCUAAACUGGACAUCAUCGACGACGAUGCAGCAGUCGAUCUUAUCGAAGGUCUUCUCCACAAAGAACCUGCCCACCGAGCUGCGCACGACCCGCACCAUCCUUUCUACAAAGGAUUCGACGUUCCUGUUACGGACGAUAACACCGAGCUUGUUUGCCACGGAGGCAUUCCCAUCAAAAGACCACAGUAA